AUGGCGACUCGCCUUCAGCCUUUGUUCUUCGCCACCCAUAUCAGAUCUGCCGUCCGUUCUACGGCCCCUCCGCUAGUCUCCGCCUUCCCCCUCACGUUCCCGCGCAUUCCCCCCGCAAGUGCCGUGCGCACCACUUCCCCAUGCGUCCUCCCCCGCUCGCCCCUCCGCGGGGCACCUUCCCGCGCGCGGAUCUGCUCGUCGCCACGAACAGCGGCGGCACGUGCGGCGGCAGGGGGCGACGAGCCGCUUCCCGCAGGAGGUGACCCGGCGUUGGCAGCAGCGGCGUGGGAGGCGCUGGUAGCGGUGCGCGCGAGCCGCCCUCUGGUUCACUGCAUCACCAACUUCGUUUCGAUGGAUGCUGCUGCCAACACCCUUCUCGCCGCAGGCGCUGCCCCGGCCAUGGUGCAUUCCUUAGAAGAGGUGGAGGAGUUUGCCAGCCUGGCAUCGGCGCUCUACGUGAACAUCGGCACGCUGAGCCCUGAUUGGGUGGACUCCAUGAAACGGGCAGCCAAAGUUAUUUCUGCCUGGAAUCGGCCGUGGGUCCUGGACCCUGUGGGUUGUGGUGCCACGUCAUACCGAACCAAGACCUCAGCAGAGCUCCUGGCGCUGAGACCAACGGUGGUGAGAGGCAAUGCGUCGGAAGUUCUGGCUCUCGCGGGUGCUGUCAGCGCAAACACCCGGGGAGUAGACAGCACAGUAGCGUCAACAGCAGCAGUGGCAGCAGCACAACAACUGGCAGCAGAGUGGGGGACCGUGGUGGCAGUGUCAGGAGCAACAGACUUUAUCACCAACGGUCACACCGUGCUGGCGUGUCACAACGGGGUGCCACUCCUUCAAGCCAUCACCGCCACGGGCUGCAGUGUCACUGCUCUCAUUGCUGCUUUCGUUGCUGCUGCUGCUGCUGCUGCUGCGGAUGCUGAUGCUGCCCCGGGUGGUCCUGUUUCCCCGCCCCUCCUCGCCACGGCCUCUGCUCUCGCUAUCUCCGGGCUCGCAUCAGAAGCGGCUUCAGCAGCUCCAGGCGUGAAAGGCCCAGGAUCCCUGCGGGUUGGCCUCAUGGAUGCUUUGUACUCGCUAACACAGGAGCAGGUCAUUCAAGGAGUAAAACUACACUCCAUUCCAACGUAA